CGUCACUAAGUAACUCGGAGAUUCGUGUCGUUGCUUUAAAUGAUCCUUUCAUGGACCUCGAAUACAUGGUUUACCUCUUCAAAUAUGAUUCAUCUCACGGGCGCUUCAAAGGCUCUGUCGAAGCCAGAAAUGGAAAGUUUGUCGUGAACGAUUACGAAAUUUCCGUCUUUUCAGAAAAAAAUCCCGCCGAUAUUAAAUGGGGUGAAGUCGGCGCGGACUACGUAGUUGAAUCUAGUGGCGUCUUCACAACCACCGAAAAGGCAUCGGCUCAUUUAAAAGGGGUUUGUAUCAUUAAUAUCGUUAUCGUGUCGAAGGUCAUUAUUAGCGCACCCAGUCCUGACGCACCAAUGUUUGUGGUCGGUGUAAACUUAGAUGAAUAUAAACCUGAAUACAAGAUUAUUUCCAAUGCUUCUUGUACUACCAAUUGCUUGGCACCUCUCGCAAAGAUUAUCCAUGAUAAAUUUGGUAUCGUAGAAGGAUUGAUGACCACAAUUCAUUCAACCACUGCCACUCAAAAGACCGCACUUUCAUUAUCUCGAGAUUUUAUUUUGCAUUAUAGGAUUGGAGAAGGGGAAGAGGUGCAGCCCAAAACAUCAUUCCAAGCUCAACCGGGGCAGCAAAAGCAGUUGGAAGGAAUUCCUACCACCAUCGUUUCAGCCGUUGACCUUACUGUACGUUUGGCGAAAGAAACGACUUACGAUGAAAUUAAGGCAGCCGUUAAGCAUGCGUCAGAGCACGAAAUGAAGGGAGUUCUUGCUUACACUGAAGAUCAGGUUGUAUCUACUGACUUCGUUAGUGACUCUCACUCUAGUAUUUUUGAUGCAAGUGCUGGCAUCCAGUUGAAUCCGUCAUUUGUCAAACUUGUUGCUUGGUAUGAUAACGAAU